AUGACGGCGAGGCGGUCGCCGCGGCCGUUCAACGACGUCCACUGGCGCUUUCUGCAGCCAUCGUCCCGGGCGGUAUGCCCGCCAUCGCAUGCGGACGAGCCUUUUCUACCGCCGAGUUUCCUCGAUGCGCUGACGCUGCAGCACACGUUCGACAACGAGUAUGUCGACCCGACGGAAAACAAGAUUCUGUCGCUCCUCACGGGCGAGGCGCAGCGCGACGACAUGCUGGAUUCGCUCAUGAACGAGCUCCAAUUGCUGCGGAGUGAGCACGAGAAGGCACCAAAGACCGACCACCACGACUUUAGCCACGCACCCGAUGCCUUGCCGCAGGCGCCUCACGCGCCACUGAAGACGCGCCGGCUCUCGAUCUUCCGACCCGAAGACAUGCAGAUGGUCAAGGACACGGCCCACGCACACAUUUGCGGCAAACUCGACUUGCUUCAAAACGAAGCCAGCGGCAAGACGCCGGCGCCGGCGCCGAUGCCGGAGCGACCGACUACGCCACACAUUCUGUGGCGCGCCUCGGACCGCGUGCGGCUCGCGCUCGACGUUCCCGCCGAGCUCCAAGGCGCGCCGCCCAAGGCUAAUUCAGUGGUAUCGCCAGAAGCGGUGACGCCGAAACCUCGCGUGAAAAAGAAAAAGGCGGCGUACGGCGCGUGGUACCUGCCGCCCAAAGACUGGUGCAAGCAAACAACACCCGACGGGGCGCGCAGUCGGGGCGCGCAGGCCAAGCCAAGCGACAGGGCAAAGGCGCUCGAGCAAAUCCCAAAGCUCUUCAUUGCACGCGAGUACCGCAGCUUCAUCGAGGCCCGAAACGCACGUCUACCUCCGUAUUUGAGCGAGCCGUCGUAG